AAAGUGUUCCUUUGUUGCCACUAACCACAGCUUACGUCCCAUCAUUCCCCGGCCGACGACGAUAAUCUCAUUCGUCCGGCGAAGCUAUUAGUCUCUCAGUCUUCUCUUUUAAAAAUCACCAUGUCUCCUUAAGUCUCCGUCGUGACCGAUCUUUCCUUAUCUGUAAAUUAUCCUUAAUAAUCCUCCGCAAAUCCUGGCCGUUCAUUUCAGAAUCUAAUGUUCCUGUCCUAAUGUGAUUUUCGAUCUGGUCGGAUUAUUGGGAGCUUUGAUCAAUGUGUAAGAGAGCUUGAGGAGAUAGCUUUUUCGCCUUUUUUUUAGUUGACUUUUGAGAGUGAUGAUGCUGGAUCUCAAUCUCGACGUGGUGUCGGCUGAGUCAACUCAGAUGGAUGAAUCGGUGACGUCGAACUCUUCGGUGGUCAAUGCGGAGGCGUCAAGCUGCAUCGACGGGGAAGAGGAGCUCUGCUCCACACGCGCCGCCGUCAAGUUUCAGUUUGAAAUACUGAAAGGAAGAGGUGGAGAAGAAGAAGAAGAAGAAGAUAGAAAGACUAAGGAGUUUUUUCCUGUUGCGCAAAGUUCGAGGAGCUCCGUUGAUAUCUCAUUCCAGAGAGGGACACAAGGCGGAGACUUUGUACAGCCACCACCAGCACAGCCGGUGAAGAAAAGCAGGAGAGGGCCUAGGUCUAAGAGUUCUCAGUACAGAGGUGUUACUUUUUAUAGGAGGACAGGCAGAUGGGAGUCUCAUAUCUGGGAUUGCGGUAAACAAGUUUAUUUAGGUGGAUUUGACACUGCCCAUGCUGCAGCUAGGGCGUAUGAUAGAGCUGCUGUCAAGUUCAGGGGACUGGAGGCUGACAUCAAUUUCAUUAUCAGCGAUUAUGAAGAGGAUCUCAAGCAGAUGGCGAAUCUUUCCAAAGAGGAAGUUGUGCAAGUACUUCGGCGACAGAGCUCUGGUUUCUCCAGGAGCAAUUCUAGAUAUCAAGGAGUUUCUUUGCAGAAGAUUGGGGGGUGGGGUGCUCAAAUGAAGCAGUUCAAUGGAAACAUGGCGGUUGCUUCCUUAAUUGAGCCUCAUGCAUCCCGGAUCAUUCCCGAGUCAGCUAAUGUUAAGCUCGACCUCAGUUUGGGAAUUUCUCUUUCACUGGGAGAUGGUCCAAAGCAAAAAGAUAAGGCUCCCCGGCGUCAUCAUCCUCCUAACAGUAUGAUGGACAACCACAUGACUGCAGCGACAUGUGAUACGCCUUUCAAUUUGUUAAAGAGGGGUUCAGACCACCUUCUCAACCGCCAUGUCCCCCAUCCUUCUGCGUUCUUUUCACCCAUGGAAAGGACACCAGAGAAAGGUUUUAUGUCGCCUUCUCCUCAAAGCUUCCUAGCCAGGACAUGGCAAGCGCAAGAUCAGUUCAGUGGUGGAACCGCCACAACAGCUAUUGCAUCGCCACUGUACUCAAAUGCAGCAUCAUCAGGAUUCUCACCCUCAGCUACACGCCCACCACCUUCAUCCACUGCUAGUGCUACUCUUCAUCCUUCUCAGCCCUUCCUCAAUCUGAAUAUGCCCGGUCUCUAUGUCAUCCACCCAUCUGAUUACUCUUCUCAGCAACACCACCACCAUCUCAUGAACCGAUCACAACCACCACCACCAUAAGCGUACUUGCUUCUUCUGUAUUUGCCAUUGUUUGUAACAUAGAGUGAAGACUAAUAACAAAACAGAAACAAAAAUCUAUAUUCUCAUAAAUCACUAUAAUGUCUCUGAAAUUAAUAUGAUGGAUAACCUUUGUUCAAACAA